AUGGCCCAGAAGAUCGUUUUCGACCGGGUUAUGAGGGAAAUUACUCAAAGGAAAUUUACAAUUGCAAUAAGCCACCAACAAAUAUCCACUCUCACCAUGACCAUGAUCGAUGCGCAACAGGAGAUUUUAAGCGUGGGCAUCGUCGGCGGCGGCCUUAUUGGCAUCAUGCUGGCCGCUGGUCUCGUCCGCCGUGGCAUUACUGUCAAAGUCUACGAGCAAGCGCGAGGGUUCCGCGAGAUUGGGGCCGGAAUGGCCUUCACGGCUAAUUCGGUUCGAUGUAUGGAACUGCUUGAUCCAGCGAUUGUUCAUGCCCUACGAUCCAGCGGUGCUGUCCCUAUUUCAAUCGGAGAUCACCAGGGAGAAGGGCGUGAUUGUCUUCGUUGGGUUGAUGGUUACAGCGAGCCGUCCAAGAUUCUCUAUCAGUUGGACGCAGGUAUCCGGGGGUUUGAGGCCUGUCGGCGUGACCAGUUCUUGGAGACACUUGUUAAAAUAUUACCCGACGGGGUCGUGGCAUGUGGAAAGCGAUUGGAAAAGAUUCACGAAAAUGAUUUGGAUGACAAGGUGACGCUUCAGUUUGCCGAUGGCACAUUUGCUGAUUUUGAUUGUGUUAUUGGCGCCGAUGGGAUUCGGUCCCGUGUUCGCCAACAUCUCUUUGGGGAAGGGUCGCCCUUUUCCUAUCCUCAUUACAGUCACAAGUUCGCUUUCCGCGGUCUAGUGUCGAUGGGAAACGCUCUAUCGGCUCUAGGAGAGUUCAGGGCCCGCACAUUGAACAUGCAUGUGGGCCCGAACGCCCAUCUGAUCCACUAUCCCGUCGCUAAUGAGACGAUGGUCAAUGUAGCUGCGUUUGUGUCUGAUCCUCACGAAUGGAGCGAUAAGACGAGCUUGGUGGGCCCUGCGACGAGAAAAGAGGCAAUGCGGUGUUUUGCUGAUUGGAAUCCGUGCCUCCGCGGAUUGAUUGGCUUUUUGCCCGAGAAUAUCGAUCGAUGGGCAAUGUUCGACACCUAUGACUAUCCGGCUCCCUUUUUUAGCCGAGACAAAAUAUGUCUUGUCGGUGAUGCGGCCCAUGCAGCGGUCCCGCACCAUGGGGCAGGAGCCUCCAUUGGCGUAGAGGACGCUUUGUGUCUGGCGACUCUGCUGGCGGAGGUCUGGGUUUCGACACGUGGGAAAAGCUCAACGAUCCGCAAUCAAGCUGUGGCUGCGGCAUUUGACACUUAUGAUGGCAUCCGCCGUUUUCGCGCUCAGUGGUUUGUAGAUAGUAGCCGGAGAGUAUGUGACUUGUACCAGCAGCCCGAAUGGGCAGAUGCCCAGCGGCGAUUGAAAGCGGAGACCUGCUUUGAGGAGAUCAAAGAUCGAUCGCACAAAAUUUGGCAUUUUGACUGGAAUAAUAUGUUGGAAGAGGCAAUUCAGACUUAUCGGCAGAAGAUGGGAGCGUGA